AUGGCCACUACCGGCGUCGUGAGCUCCGGCAAUUGGCGUAUUGAGGCAAAAAGGACGCUCGACACGAUCGCUAGUCUUAGCGAGGCUUUCCAUGAUAAAGCGGCCGAACUUGACAAGAUGAAAAGAGCGAACCCCAAAGCGAGGCUCAUUCGAGAGAAGCAAGCGCUGAGGAAGGCAGGAGGAAAUCUACGCCUGACACGGACGAGCUUCACCGAUCAAGUGGAGGCUCAGGCUAAGGCCCAGUGCCGCCCUUUUUGCGAAGCUGUCGAUGAACGACUACCGCAGGAACUACGCGACAUUAUUGCUGGGCAUCUUUUGACCGAAAGCUCCGUCACUUUCCUCUCCAGUAAAGAUCGCAAGAUCUCUUUUGUCAACGGCGUUUCGACUCUACGACACGCUUUCGAAGAAGAAUAUACUGGUAUCGGACUGCACAUGGACAUCAUAAAUGAGCUGAUAAAGCAAGGCGCCCGUUUCGACUUUCGCGCUCGACACGAGCUACUGGGCAAGGUCUUCGAGCACUACAAAGUCGACGAGCGCGGUGGCCUCGAUCUUACUUCCAAAAUAGGACGGUUGAGCUUAGUGGUGACAGAGCGCCAUUUGGAAGACCGUGAGGUCGUUUUAAAUCGCCUCGAGGAGCUGUGCAGACUCAGCAAAGGCGCCAAAAUCUUCAUAAUCAUCGAGACGGGUCACGGUACAAAGGCUCAAGCCCUCCGGCAAGUGCGACGCGUUCUGCGUGUUCUCUUCAAGCUGCUCAGACGCCUUCACGAGCUUGGUAUCCACGUUUUUGUCAUCGUUAAUCCGACUUAUUCCGCUUCACAGGUCAAGAACGAUAGCGGUGACACCUUCUCGGUCAUGCAUGAAGGUCCCUGGAGCUGGAAAUACGUCAUGACGCCACGUAAUGCUACAUUCACGGUUGAAGGCUUUGAGGGGCGUCUUAGAUAUCUCUUUGGAACAUACGGGGAGCGCUGGGAUUCACGAUUUCCGCCUUAG